AUGCCAGAGAUGUAUGCCUUCCAAGCGGGCUCGAAGCCAAUCUCCUCGAUAGCAAGCGCUGAAGAAACCACGAAAUUCACACCCAACAUCCUCCCCUGUCGAAUACAUCACGAUGGUCCCAUCGAGUCUACCGACAGGUUUUGGAUCCCACAGACUGAUGAGAAGGGUACGCAUCACAGCAUCUCCCACGACAACAAGCAAACAGCAUACUUCCGUGGACGCAGGCUGCGUGGCCGGCGCGUUGCUAUUCCCGAGGGCUAUCAAGGUGUCAUCGCUACGCCAACAGAACGUCUACUACCAGCAUCUCAACGACCACACAACGAUACAGCGGAAGAUGGCGAGACUGAACCAGAGGAACCAGUCAAGGUUCUCGAGGCACAGGGUACAUUUGAUGAAUUGAUGGUAUGGGGGCAUGAGAUCCUUCCUGCGGCAGACGAUACAUUUGUUAAAGGUGUAGAGGAAUGGGUGCGGUUUGCUGAGACGGUAGGUCCCUCUCCAUAA